AUGGACUUCUCGCCUCCGAAGCCCCCCCGCUCCUUGGAUGGCCGCGUCGCCAUCGUCACGGGCGCAGGAGCAGUUGGCGACGGCAUAGGCAACGGACGAGCCUCAGCCAUCCUGUUCGCGGACGAAGGCUGCAGCGUGGUGUGCGUCGACCGAGACCUUGCGCUCGCACAACGCACGGUCGAAAUGAUAUCCGCCGGGGGGAAGGGCGCCGCCAUCGCCGCCCAAGCCGACGUGAGUGUGGAAAGUGAGUGCGCACAGAUCGUCAAGACGGCGAUGGAGAAGUACGGCCGGCUGGACAUCCUCCUGAACUGCGUGGGCAUCGGCGGCGCCCCGGGGACGGCGGUGGACGUCGACAUGGCCGCCUGGGCGAAGUCGAUGGAGAUCAACGUGUCGAGCAUGGUCAUGACGGCCAAAUACGCCAUCCCGGAGAUGGCCAAGAACGACAAUGAAUGGGGAUACCGCGGCUCGAUCGUCAACAUGGGAAGUGUUGCGGGCAUCAAAGGAGGAACGCCGCACUUGCUCUACCCGACGUCUAAAGGUGCGGUGGUCAACUUGACGCGAGCGAUGGCGGCGCACCAUGCUCCGCAAGGCAUCCGCGUCAAUUGUGUGUGCCCCGGAAUGGUCUACACGCCCAUGAUGUACGCGGGAGGAAUGUCCGAGGAGGCCAGGGAGUCGAGAAAGAACAGGAGCCUCCUGAAGACCGAAGGCACCGCUUGGGAUGUCGGUUGCGCCGUCAGGUUUCUCGCUGGACCGGAGGCCAGAUGGAUUACAGGAGUUAUAUUGCCGGUCGAUGCAGGAGCAACAGCCGCUGUGGGAACGGAUAUACCGAAAUCAGCCAGCGUGAAUGGGUAA